AUGCACUCCAUUUCAUGCAAAGACCAAAUUUUCACCUUUGUUCUAGCUAUAAAAAGAGCAGGAUUCCACAGCAAUUUUCAUCACACCUUCAAAGCAAUUUCCAUUGUUCUUAUACCAGUCUUCUGUAACCUGAAGAAAAUGCAGGGUUCUAAAGCUUACGAUGAGAACAUGCUGGCAAAUUAUGUGCCCAUUUACGUAAUGCUCCCAUUGGGAGUUGUUACAGCUGAUAAUGUUUUCGAAGGUAAAGAUGAGCUGAAGAAGCAGCUCAAGGAGCUCAAAGCAACCGGUGUCGAUGGUGUAAUGGUGGAUGUGUGGUGGGGGAUCAUAGAGUCUAAGGGCCCUAAGCAGUAUGACUGGAGUGCUUACAGGAGCUUGUUUGAACUCAUUCAACAAAUUGAACUGAAAAUACAAGCCAUAAUGUCAUUCCACCAAUGCGGUGGCAAUGUAGGAGAUGUUGUUAACAUCCCGAUCCCCCAGUGGGUGCGAGAUGUUGGAGAAUCAGACCCUGAUAUCUUUUACACAAGUAAAGAAGGCGAAAGAAACGAAGAGUACCUCAGUAUUGGGGUAGAUCACCAGCCUCUGUUUCACGGACGAACUUCGAUCGAAAUGUAUACUGAUUACAUGAAGAGCUUCAGGGAGAACAUGUCAGACUUUUUAAAAGCUGGGGUGAUCAUAGAUAUCGAAGUAGGGCUUGGUCCAGCAGGAGAGCUAAGAUACCCCUCUUAUCCACAAACUCAAGGCUGGGUUUUUCCAGGCAUUGGGGAAUUUAUUUGCUAUGACAAGUAUCUCAAAGCAGAUUUCAAAGCGGCAGCAACAAAUGCAGGCCAUCCUGAAUAUGAAUUGCCUGAUGAUGCAGGGACAUUCAAUGAUACGCCUGCAGAUACAGGGUUCUUUAAAUCAUACGGGACAUACACUACUGAAGCAGGAAAGUUCUUCUUGACUUGGUACUCUAACAAGUUGCUGAUCCAUGGAGAUGAGAUCCUGGAUGAAGCCAAUCAAGCUUUUCUGGGAUGUAAAGUCAAAUUAGCAGCUAAAGUAUCUGGAAUACAUUGGCUGUACAAUGAUGCUAGUCACGCUGCAGAGCUUACUGCAGGAUAUUACAACUUAUCUGGAAGAGAUGGGUACCGACCCAUUGCAAGGAUGCUAUCGAGGCAUUAUGGUAUUUUGAAUUUUACAUGUCUUGAGAUGAGGGACACAGAGCAACCUGCCAAUGCUUUGAGUGCACCUCAAGAACUUGUCCAGCAGGUUUUAAGCGGAGCUUGGAGAGAAAACAUUGAGGUUGCAGGUGAGAAUGCACUUGCAAGAUAUGAUGCAACAGCUUACAAUCAAAUCCUUUUAAAUGUCAGGCCUAAUGGUGUCAACAAGAACGGGCCACCAGAACACAUGAUGUAUGGGAUGACAUACCUAAGGUUAUCAGCUGAUCUAUUAGAAGAAACAAACUUUAAUCUAUUUAAGACAUUUGUGAAGAAAAUGCACGCUGACCAGGAUUACGUUGCAGAUGCCAAGAAGUACGACCAUGAGCUAGCUCCAUUGCAGCGGUCAAAAGCAAAGAUUUUAGUUGAUGAGCUUCUAGAGGCAACCGAGGGAGUGGCACCCUUCCCAUGGAAUACAGAGACAGAUUUGCCAGUUGAUGGUGCUAGUGUUGGUCUACUUUCUAGGUUGCUGAAAAAGAUCAAAUCCAUAUUCUUUAGGUGAAAUUUGUGGCUGUUGUAGAAAUACAAUGUUAAUCUCUGCAACAUGCCCUCCUAGGGCUGUGUUACGAACUUUUAAGCUAUCUGAUGUUUGAAUAAAAGAAUCUGUAUUAUCCAUA